AUGGACUCUGCAGCUUGGCUCACGCCUCCGGUCCAGUUGACUGGGAGUCGUGUAUUCACUUGCGAUGGCUUCACUGAAGCGCAAUGCUCAUGGUACAUGAAAAGAUGGCACUUCUGGUACAUCGCAGACCAUGUCUACGCUUUACCAACAGUAGCCUUCUUCAUGACUGGCAUUGGACUAUUCACAGUUGGUCACUUUAUAUCAUACUACGUUAUUGGCCUUGGGUUUCCGAGAUUCCGUGGACCUAAACCCUGGCGUAUGUUGAUCGCCACCAUCAGAUAUCUUUCGUAUCGUGGAUUCCAUGUUGCAUCACUUGGGUUUAACUCGGCUUCUGUCGGGGUGCUGCUACUGGGUCUGGCUGGAACCGUCUUCUUUUUCUGCAUGGACUUGAUCCCUCAGCCGUACUACUGGCCAUCGCUAGACUUUGGCGGCUCACCGCCACUGGGAACAAGAUCUGGAUGGCUGGCUUUGGGAUGCAUGCCAUUUGUAUUCGCUACGGCAACCAAGACAAACUGGAUCACUUUACUAACCGGCGUCUCACACGAGAGACUCCAAGUAUUCCAUCGAUGGAUAGCUUACGCUUUUUUUGUACUUGCUCUUAUGCAUACAUUCCCAUUCAUUGUGUAUCAUAUCAGGUUUCACGAUAUGCAGAUGCAUUUUAAGAUGAGCCUCUUGUUCUAUUGGACCGGUAUCGUCGCCUUAGUCUUCCAAGCGUGGUUGACCUUUGCGUCACAUAGUGCCAUUCGGCACUAUUUCAUAGGGACAGGUGCUGUGUAUGUUCCCUGCUACGUAUACCCAUGGCUACGGACCUGUUUUGAGUAUGGUGUUCGAACAACCGCUCAUGUCAAAGUGGAGGACAACGGUUUCGUUCGUGUCGCCAUCCCCGUCAACUUCACAUGGGAAAUAGGACAGCACUGCUUCCUGCGCUUCACCAGUUUUGGACUUACACAAGCCUUUUCGCGCAUAUCACUUACGCGACAUACCCGAAUGGCUAGCCUAACCGCCCCCAUCGAAUCUGGGGCAUUUCCCCGUAUCCCUCCAGAAAUCAUCAACGAAUUUGUGUCAAAGUUAUUACUCAUUUUCGAAGAGGAUGAAGAUGCUCGCUGGAACGAAAUCUCAGACUCUGGCCAACUCAAAAUUUUGAGAUUGACACAUCGAAAGUUUGCCGACUGUCACUAUGUCAACAAGUUGCUGUUCACCGAUAUACGUCUUGAACCAACACGUUAUCAUCUGCUAAAGCUUCAACGUGGCGACUUCUCGCGAGUGGCUACUUAUACACGAUCAAUCACAUUUAACGCAUAUGCGAGCUGGGAUCUAGUGCUUGAAACGUGGGAUCGAUUAAUCCUUUUAGACACACCGGACCGCAACCCAGAUGCCAGAUCCGAUGGUAUGACGCCUCUAAUGCUGUCUCAUGACGCGUACAUACGCGACGCGAAAGAAGCCCAGAGAUUGCUUGAGGACCCAAAUGGCGAUUUGAUAGAAACAUGGACCAACGUUCUCAAGAUGGUCGGGAGUCGUCUUGAAAAUGUCACACUGGCCAAUCAUAUUGAUUACAAGAACCUUUACCCUCACGAAUCCUAUUCACCGAUGAAUUGGAGGAACCUCAGUUUGGAAGUUCCAGAUGCAUGGACCAAACCGCAUGACGACAUGACACGGAGACUACCAAGCUAUAGAAAUGGGAGAAUCAAUGCCCAGUAUGUCCGUCAGUAUGCCUGUGCUAUAGUAGCCGAGAGACUGUUCAACACAGUCAUGACAUGUCUUUCAGCAUCAGGCAUCGCGGUUCCAAGCCUCUCGAUGAGGCUACACAUGUUGGGAAACGUGGAGUGUAAAACGAUCCCAGGAUGGCAACAGCUCGAUUUGAGCAACCUGAAGAAACUCGAGAUUGCGGCUCUCUGUCCAGAAGUGCCGUUUCAUUUGAUGAGAGAAACCGCUAUGGCGAGUUUUCUGCACAGUCGACAGAAACAUAACCGGCAGAGAAUUGGGGAUAUGGCUCACGACUUGAUAGAAAAGUGCCAUUCUACGGUAGAAAUCUUCGAAUUCUGCCACUACUUCCCGUUUCUUGGUGGCGCAGAUUGGCCGACACGCGCUGCAACGCACGACUUGCCAGCACUCCAAGAGCUGGCUCUAAGCACGCGAAGCAAUCCCCGUCUUCUUCACGGUUGGCUCCUCAGAAUGAAGGAUCUGCGCUCAGUACGUAUAGCGGGUGAUCAUGUUGGCGGUCCUGCUGAGGAGUCACUGGAGUGGCGUCAUGUGUUUGACGCAAUCCGCGACCAUCCGAAUGUAUCCGGUCCAGAUCCAAAGGGCAUCCACUUUAAGUUUGACUUUGGAUUCUCUUACGAUAAGGUAGUAUGCAAAGAUAGCAGCAUCGCAACGCCAAGAGAGGCUCCUGGCACUGGAAAGCCUUGCUAUCCACUGGAAGCCCAUCUAUAUGGCGACAUAGAGUUUAGUCACAACAUUGCUUUGAGGGAAGAGUUACGUGAUGGUGUUAGUGAAGAUGAAGGUAGUGACGAGGAGAGUGAGGAUGAGGACAUGGAGGUGGAUGAUGAGAGUGAGGAAGAGGAAGAGAUAGACAGCGAUGGGGAAGAAGAAUGA